CUCUCUCUGAGAGUCGUCGUCAUGAAGAACUGCGUGCUGCUGUCGCUGUUGUUGGUGUUAGGGUGCCUGCACGUCCACGGUGCACCGGUGGUGGAGGAGGCCGCCUUGGCCGAGCUGUCCUGUGAUGAUGCUCAGGCGAAGUAUGCAGCUGGGCUGGCUCUCACCAAGAUCAACCAGAACCGAGAUGAGGGCUACAUCCUGAGGCUGCACCGAGUGUCCAACGCACACAUGAAGACACACGCAGAGACUGGUGUGGUCUUCUACCUGACCAUGGAUGUGUUGGAGACAAACUGCAGCGUUCUCAGCAAGAAAGACUGGAAGACCUGUGAGGCUCGCACCGAGGACAACACACCAGUUUAUGGUCGGUGCAGAGCUGCCAUCUACACAAACAGGCCACACAGAGUGGUGCGUCUCUACAAAUACAGCUGUGACAUCAGACCAGUUCCUGCUGCACGAUUGAACACGAUUUGCCCCGACUGUCCCACUCUUAUUGGCAUGGACGGCGAGCAGGUUCAAAAAGCCGUCAAUCUCUCCCUGGAGAAGUUCAACAAGGAGGGCGGGGUGAACAAGCGCUUCACUCUGCUCAAAGUUAGCCGUGCCACAGCUGGGAUGGCCAUGUCCAUGUAUUACAAUGUGGAGUACACCAUCCAGGAGACCACCUGCUCCAAGACCACAGAGGCUACUGACUGCCCCGUCAUGACCUGCGAGUUUGCUCACAAGGGCUUCUGUAAGGGCUCCCUCUGGAACUCUCCAUCCGGUGAAGCUGAUGUCAGCGUGGAGUGUGAGAUCUAUGAGCCUGAGGCUGCUGAGAGAGAAAAGAGCCUGCACACGAAGGCCGGAGAGACCGACCAUGCCCACACCGACGCAGCAAAUCAUAACCACGACCAUGACGGAGCACAUGCUGUCGACGACACACACACCCACGACCACGUCCACGACCACACCAAGAGCCAUGCUCAUCACGACGCCACCCACAAACACGCUGACAACACCGACCACCACCACACACAUGACCACAACCAUGGCAGUGGCCACAGGCACUCGCACGCACACUCCCAUGACCACGGGCACGACCAUGACCACGUGCACGCUCAUCACGCCAAGGCACACGACCACACUGGUGAUUUCCCCAACCAGCACCACGAUUACAAGCACACCGAUGGUGUCCACACCCAUGAUCACGACCAUGAGAUUGCUCUGGACCACGACCACAAGCACGCUCACUUGCACGAGCACGAACACCACCAUCAUCACCACGAUCACAACCAUGAACACGACAACCACGACCACCCAGAGGGCAUGGUGAGGGUGCUGCCUGCCAUGGACCAGCCCAUGACCCUGCCCUCUUUCCCUGAUGUCCCCGCUGCUGGCCCUGAAGUGGGAGUCACCCUGCCCAGCAAGCAAGACCCCCAGAUCCCUGGAGUGAUGGAGCCCUUCAUCGAAGCCUACCCUACUGCAGUCUCUGCCCAGUGUCCCCCGGCCGCUGCAGGAGAAAGCCUGGUGGAGAAAGUCUUUGCUGAGGACCCCAUGUUCAAAGCAGCUGCAUAAAUUGGACUAGAAGUCACUAAAAAACUCACAGACUGCAGUGCAAUAAACGGCCAAACUCUCACCAUCAUAACAUCUCUGGGUCAUAUUUUGGCAAAAAGCUGGCAAAUAAAGUUUCCCAUGUUCAUGUG